AUGAUGAGCAGUCAAAUGGGUCCUCCUCCUCCAAAGAGGACCAGUUUGACCCACAAACGAGGCCCAACCACAGCCAGAAAAUCGUCCUCCUCAUCGGCGGCACCGGCGUCAGAGAAUGGCGGCACAUCCUUCCAUGGUGGCAGCACCUCUAAGCCCUCCUCUCCUGACGCUCCAUCGUCUGCGGGGGCAGAAAGGACAGUGAAGAAACUGAGGCUAUCGAAAGCACUAACGAUUCCGGAGGGGACCACAGUGUCUGAUGCUUGUAGGAGAAUGGCAGCUCGUCGUGUUAAUGCUGUUUUAUUGACUGAUGCUAAUGCUUUGCUUUCUGGGAUUGUUACUGACAAGGACAUUUCGGUGAGAGUGAUAGCAGAGGGGUUGAGGCCGGAGCAAACGGUAGUAUCAAAGAUUAUGACAAGGAAUCCUAUUUUUGUUACCUCGGAUUCGUUAGCCAUUGAAGCGCUUCAGAAGAUGGUGCAGGGCAAGUUCAGGCACCUCCCUGUGGUAGAGAAUGGUGAAGUUAUUGCAUUGCUGGAUAUUACAAAGUGCCUCUAUGAUGCUAUAUCUAGAAUGGAGAAGGCUGCUGAGCAGGGGAGUGCCAUUGCUGCUGCUGUGGAAGGUGUGGAACGUCAAUGGGGAAACAAUUUUACUGCUCCAUAUGCAUUCAUAGAAACCCUGAGGGAGCGAAUGUUCAAGCCUUCCUUGUCAACAAUUAUUGGUGAACAAACAAAGGUUGCUGUUGCUUCACCAUCAGAUCCUGUCUAUGUUGCUGCGAAAAAGAUGCGGGAGUUGCGGGUUAAUUCUGUUAUUGUUGUGACUGGGAACAAAAUUCAGGGGAUACUCACGUACUUCUCUUACUUGCCAGACAUUGCAGUUUCAAAGGAUAUUCUCAUGCGAGUUGUAGCACAGAAUCUUUCUCCUGAGUUGACUCUUGUGGAAAAGGUAAUGACUCUGAACCCUGAAUGUGUGACAUUGGAAACAACAAUCCUCGAUGCAUUGCAUGUUGAAAGUAGCUCUGGAGCUGUUAAUGAUGUAGCCAAUACAAUGAUGCAAAAGUUCUGGGAUUCUGCCCUUGCUUUAGAACCACCAGAUGAUUAUGACACCCAAAGUGAAAUGUCUGCACUAAUGACAUCAGAUGCGGCAGAACUUGGAAGGUAUCCAUCUCUUGGUCUUGGAAAUUCAUUUGCCUUCAAAUUUGAGGAUCUAAAGGGCCGUGUACAUCGAAUCAAUUGUGGCACAGAGAAUUUAGAUGAACUUCUUUCCACUGUCUUGCAAAGGAUCGGUGCUGAUAAUGAGCAAGAUCGACCCCAACUUUUGUAUGAAGAUGAUGAAGGUGAUAAAGUUUUGCUUGCAACUGAUGGUGACCUCAUUAGUGCUGUCAGCCAUGCCAGAUCAGGGGGACUGAAGGUUUUAAGGUUGCAUCUUGACUAUCAUGAUCCAAGCCAACAGACACCAUCACCUUUUGGUACCCCUACAACCGCCGCCCAGAGAACUGGAUUGGUGUCUUUCCGCUCUGGUAUCUUGGCAGCUGGUGUUGUUUUAGCAGGCAUUGGUGUGCUUGUUUACUUGAAGCGCUCUAAAUUGUGA